AUUUGGAGUGAAUUCCAUGUUGCUUUUUACUUCAUUCUGGACAAACCCAUCAGCCACAUGGAAAUAAGAAAUGAAACAAGAAACUUUCUCCUCCUGGGAUUCACAAAGGAGCCGGACCUGCAGCCUCUCAUCUUUGGGCUGUUUCUAUCCAUGUACCUGGUCACAUUCACUGGGAACCUGCUUAUUAUCCUGGUCAUUGUCUCAGACACCCACCUCCACAUCCCCAUGUACUUCUUCCUCUCCAACCUGUCCUUUGCUGACAUCUGUUUGACCUCCACCACCAUCCCAAAGAUGCUGUGGAACCUCCUUACAGAGAGCAAAGUUAUCACCUAUGCAGGCUGCCUCAGCCAGAUAUUUUUUUUCUUUGUGUUUGCAUGCAUGGACAAUUUAAUCCUGACUGUGAUGGCCUAUGACCGCUUUGUGGCCAUCUGUCACCCCCUGCACUACAUGGUCAUCAUGAACCCCCAGCUCUGUGUGCUGCUAGCUCUGGGGUCCUGGUGUCUCAGUGUUAUGGGCUCCCUACUUGAGACCUUGACUGUUCUGAGGCUGUCCUUCUGCAUGAACAUGAAUAUCCCACACUUUUUUUGUGAUCUUCCUGAAGUCCUGAAGCUUUCCUGUUCGAACACCCUCAUCAAUAACAUAGUGGUGUAUUUUGUGGCUAUUGUUCUAGCUGUUUUCCCUCUCUCUGGGAUUCUCUUUUCUUAUUCUCAGAUUUUCUCCUCCAUCCUGAGAAUUUCAUCAGCCAGGGCCAGGUACAAAGCCUUUUCCACCUGUGGGUCUCACCUCUCAGUGGUUUCCUUAUUCUACGGCACAACCCUUGGUGUCUAUCUCAGUUCUGCAGCUACAUCUUCUUCUAGGACAAGUCUGGUGGCCUCGGUGAUGUACACCAUGGUCACCCCCAUGCUGAACCCCUUCAUCUACAGUCUGAGGAACAGGGACAUAAAGGGGGCCUUGGGGAGACUCGUCAGCAGGGCAUUUCUCAGUGAUGGGGCUGUUGCAAGACUCUCAUAG